GGAAAGAAAUCUGAAGGAAAUGCUGCAAUUACAAAUACAAUGGAUAAGUCAGAGAAAUCAUCGAAUAGUACCAGCGAAUACAGUUACCAGAAAGCCAAAAAAAAGGGAGGAGUUGUCUAUAGCGCUGAAACCGAAGAAAAAGACAGCCAUGCCCCCCCUUUAAGCCUGUUUGAUGCAGUUAAAGAAAACAAAGCAGCUGAAAGUGCGAAUAUGACUGGCAAAGCCAUAGAGGAGCCCAUCAAAAUGGUGCUGACUCCGUACGAGAAGCCUGCGAUAUGCUCUGCAGAGCCGAGCAUUUCUGGGAAGAAUAAAGAUACAGGAAAGUAUACUACUAAAGAGGCAAAACACACUGCCUCUUUAGAGGACGAUGCAUCAGAUGGAGCCCAAGGACAAAACACAGAAACCUUUAAGUCAGACGACAGCCAAGCAGACGAUACAGAAAAAGACAAAACCAGUCGGAAGAAAGAAGAUUCUAACGUGAAAGAACAUAUCUUGGAGAGUAGAGGAAAUUUCAGCGCAAAGAAAAAUAAUCCCACUCCAGAGAAGGACGAUUCCAAUAACUCAGAGAAGAACAAUUCCGCCCCAGAGAAAGAUAACUCUAACGUGGAGAAGAAAGACAACUCUAACGUGAAAGGAACUAGCUUAGAGAAGAAAGACAACUCUAACGUGAAAGAAAACAACUCGGAGAAGAAAGACAAUUCUAAUGUAGAGAAUAGCAAUUCUAACGUGGAAAAGAAAGAUAACUCUAACGUGGAGAAGAAAGAUAACUCUAACGUGAAAGAAAACAACUCAGAGAAGAACAAUUCCGCCCCAGAGAAAGAUAAUUCUAACGUGAAAAAGAAAGGCAACUCUAACGUGAAAGAAAACAACUCGGAGAAGAAAGACGAUUCUAACGUGAAAAAGAAAGACGAUUCCACCCCAGAGAAAGACGAUUCUAACGUGGAAAAGAAAGAGGAUUCUAAUGUAGAGAAUAGAAAUUCUAACGUGGAAAAGAAAGAUAACUCUAACGUGGAGAAGAAAGAUGACUCUAACGUGGAGAAAGACAACUCUAAUGUGAAAGAACCUAUCUUGGAGAAUAGAGGAAAUUUCAGUGUAGAGAAAGAUAAUUCCACUCCAGAGAAGGACGAUAACUCUAACGUGGAAAAGAAAGACAACUCGGAGAAGAAAGACGAUUCUAACGUAGAGAAUAGCAAUUCUAAUGUGGAAGAAGUUGGCACCAACGUGAAAGGAACUGGCUUAGAGAAGAAAGACAAUUCCACCCCAGAGAAAGACGAUUCUAACGUAGAGAAUAGCAAUUCUAAUGUGGAAGAAGCCGACAGCAACGUGGAAGGAACUGGCUUAGAGAAGAAAGAUGAUUCCACCCCAGAGAAAGACGAUUCUAACGUGGAAGAAAACAACGCGGAGAAGAAAGACGAUUCUAACGUGGAAAAGAAAGACGACUCUAACGUGGAAGGAACUAGCUUAGAGAAGAAAGACAACUCUAACGUGAAAGAAAACAACUCGGAGAAUAGAGGAAAUUUCAGUGAAGAGAAAGAUAAUUCCACCCUGGAAGUUAGCACCAACGUGAAAGGAACUGGCUUGGAGGAGAAAGAUAACCCGAACGUAGAAGAAACUAACUUUGAGAAUGGCAACUCUAACUUGGAAGGAGCCAACUCAGAAAAAGAAGAUUCUAACAUGGAAGAAGCCAACUUUGAGAAAGAUAACCCGAACGUAGAAGAAACUAACUUUGAGAAAGAUAUCUCUAACGUAGAAGAAGCCAACUUUGAGAAAGAUAACCCGAACAUAGAAGAAGCCAACUUUGAGAAUGGUAACCCGAACGUAGAAGAAGCUAACUUGGAGAAAGAAGAUUCUAACAUGGAAGAAACUAACUUUGAGAAUGGCAAAUCUAACUUGGAAGGAGCCAACUUGGAGAAAGAAGAUUCUAAAGUAGAAGAAACUAACUUUGAGAAAGAUAUCUCUAACGUGGAAGAAACUAACUUUGAGAAUGGUAACCCGAACGUAGAAGAAACUAAGUUGGAGAAGAAAGAAGAUUAUAACGUAGAAGAAACUAACUUUGAGAAUGGCAAAUCUAACUUGGAAGGAGCUAACUUGGAGAAAGAUAACUCUAACGUGGAAGAAACUAACUCAGAGAAGAAAGAAGAUUCUAACAUGGAAGAAACUAACUUUGAGAAUGGAAAAUCUAACUUGGAAGGAGCUAACUUGGAGAAAGAUAUCUCUAAAGUAGAAGAAACUAAGUUGGAGGAGAAAGAAGAUUCUAAAGUAGAAGAAACUAAGUUGGAGAAGAAAGAAGAUUCUAACUUUGAGAAGGCCGACUCCAAUCCGAAGACGGAUGACCACGAGGCGGAAGAAAGCGGCCCGAAAACUCUCGAGUAUAGAAUCAAGCAAAACGGGGGCGAACCCAGGGAUAGUCCAGAAACAGGCGGAAACUACGUGGAAACAGCGGAGAAGGCCCAAGCACCCGCUCUGGAAGAACUUCCGGACAUAAAAGACGAGAAAGAAGUCGGAGAAUUCCUGAAGAAGCUCCACCCGAAGGCCUCCAAGGACAGCAAAUUCUGUUUUGUACGGCCGAAGAGCCCGAGCUCCAGCAGCUCCGUCCUCCAAAAGGGGAGCAGUCUCUUGAUUGCCCUGGUACUGGCAGUCCCCAGACUCUUUGUCCCCAGGGAAUAG